UGAAAAUACCUCCUGCUCGCCUAUCACAGGUAAUCUCUGUGUUCUUGUGUAGUCGUGGUUUACAGGUAGCAAGUGCAGGCAGCAACCAGUCCCUCCUCACUGGGAUGUGGAGAUCUAUCUGGAGUCACAAUUAAAGGCUACCGAAUGCAUUCCACGACGGGUGACGAAACCCAGCUCCCAGAAUAACAAGCAGGACAACUUUUAAAGUGACUGUUGUUGACCAGUGUCUUCUGUGCAUUUGCGUGGUACGCUCAUGGUGGAUUUUUCUAAAGGACGGUAUAGAUUUUUCUGAAUUACUCUCGGGAAGGACGGACUCUUUCUGAGGUUGAGACAGAUGCCAUAGCAUACAACAGGGUGGCUGUGCGCGUCGCUCCAGUUGGUGUGACUCUGCCAAGACUCUGUGAGGCCGUCCUGAUUGACAGGGAGAAAAUGCUGAAACUAGUGGCCACAGAUGUCUUUAAUUCCAAAAACCUGGCCGUUCAGGCACAAAAGAAGAUCUUGGGUAAAAUGGUAUCCAAAUCCAUCGCUACCACCUUAAUCGAUGACACGAGCAGCGAAGUGCUAGAUGAGCUGUACCGGGUGACCAGGGAGUACACCCAGAAUAAGAAGGAGGCCGAGAAGAUCAUCAAAAACCUCAUCAAAACAGUCCUCAAGUUGGCCAUUCUGUACAGGAAUAAUCAGUUCAAUCAAGAUGAGCUAGCGCUGAUGGAGAAAUUUAAGAAGAAAGUUCAUCAGCUUGCGAUGACCGUGGUCAGUUUCCAUCAGGUGGACUACACCUUUGACCGGAACGUGCUGUCCAGGCUGCUGAACGAAUGCAGAGAGUUGCUGCACCAGAUCAUUCAGCGCCACCUCACCGCCAAGUCGCACGGACGGAUUAAUAAUGUCUUUGAUCACUUUUCAGAUUGUGAUUUUCUGGCUGCCUUGUAUAAUCCCUUUGGGAAUUUUAAACCCCACUUAAAAAAACUUUGUGACGGCGUCAACAAAAUGUUGGAUGAAGAGAACAUAUGAGCAUGUGAAUUAAGAUGGUGACUGCUCCUGAUUUAUCUGAAGAUGGAGCACUGUUGGUUUAUGAAGGAAAGAAGAGUUUUUUUGAAGAGUAAACAUAUUUCAGAAAGACUUUGCCCAAUCCAAGUGUCAGACAUUAAUGACAAUGUCUUGUGAAGCUCAUUUUAUUUGAAGAAAAGCAUAUUGCCAAAAGUUGUUAAAUGCUUCUAAGGGUUAACAGAACCUGGGAAAGAUGUGUGGUUGUUUAACGCAAAUGUCAAGUUACACAGAGAAAAAUAUAUGUGGCUCCAAACCUCCACACCUUUUUUAGGGCAGUUGUUGUGUUGGCAGCACAUUGGAUAUUUCUAACAUGUACAGAAUUACGUGUUUUGAUUCACUUUUAUUCCUUACUAUGUAUAUAUACCUCUUUUAAAAAGCCAAGAACUUUCCCUUGCUGUCAUUUCUCCGUUUGAAACCAUUCCAUUUUCAACUCUACCUUUGUUGAACAUUCUUUUGCUAAAUACUUUUGUCAUUGACAUUCAAGAAUUGUCUUUAUUAAGACAUUAAAGAAUUAAGGUAGUCAAAUUGGAACCCUCAGAGAAAUAGAAAACUGCUUCUCUAUUAUAGAAAACAACUGUAUUUGAGGUUAUGAAUAAUGUUUAAUAUCAGAUAUGCUUCUGGAGGUGAGUCCUGGUUUUUAGGACCAACCUGACACUUCCCCAAACAUGAUUAAUUCCCCAGAACGGAAUGGCAUGCCUUUGCUUUGAAAUGCUUGCUGAGGGCUUAGCUUUCAUGUUACCUUGAAAAUGUGCUGAUGGAAUCUCCAUUUUUAAUAUUCAUUUCAAAUGUAAGAGACAAAGAAAACUCUAGAUUGUUCUUGAUAUUAGGGCAAUAAAAAGUACGUGAUAUUAAAACAAUCUUCCUUUUAGAGAUGAGCCCAUCAAAAUAAUUUAGGGGAAUGAGAGGCAAAAGGGAAGAAAGGAUAUUACCACAGAACAUGAGAAUGAAAAUGAAUGCAUUUCAAUGUUUAGUAAGGUUUGAUAGGUAAAUAAAGAAUGCCACUUUUUUAUUUAACUGAAAAGGUUUUUGCUAUUUUUUUAUUUGCUAUUGUGUUAAGUAAACCAGAGUAUUUGCAUUUC